AUGGGGGAUAGAAAACCACGGAGUUAUGCGAUCCUGAAGAGCUUCUACUGGAAACCAAGGCCAUGGAGAACUAAAGCUGUCAAUGGAAGAACUUUGGAAAGUGUGGUCAGGACUUUGAAGGUUCUCAACGGUUCCAAACUGUUCGAAACUAAUCAGAGGAACAACAGCAGAAAGAGGUUGAGGUUCAAGGUGCCGACUUUUCCGUUUUUGAAAAGAAAUGUGACACAAUCUUUGGACAAUUGGCCAGUUUAUGAACAACGACUGAUUGAGUACAACGAACGCAAGCUUUCUUUGGCAAGCCAACAGAUUGUUACCCAAAAAGACGAUAAGCAUGUUGAUAAUAAUGAAGAAGAAUGUGAAGACGUUAACGUUGAGGAUGACAGUGAAGACGAGGUGCAGGAGAAGGCUUCUUGUUCUAGUCACGCUGAACCGAUAGGUAAGCAAGUUUUCUUUUAUGAUAAUUUAUUUUUUAGGUGUUACAAUGGGAGUCUAAUUUUAUUCUAUUUCUUAAAAAUAACUUACUGUAUAAAAUUAAGUUUUUUGUGUUUUUUAAUAUAAUUUUAGAUUUUUAUUACUUAACAAAGUUAUAUUUUUAGUUGAAGAACCCAUUAGUCAACAAAGAGCAUCUGUAAAUAAGGAGAACGAGGUUCAAGAUGAAGAUGCAAGAGUAAGUUUUUUGAUUUUGAUAUUUAUGUGUUUUUAGAGCGACAUAUCAGCCCCGACGACAUCCAAAGGUCUGAAGCGAUGGCCGAACACAAUAUACUUGGAUUCAACUAUACUCGAAACUCCUAAAUCUAAUAGUUCCUUUGACAAAGUUCGGUCUCUGCCAUUAGCUGACUGUUCCCCAAUUAUACGAGAAAUGAAGGAAGAUGAAACAGAAGUCUUCUCCAACACACUUCCACUGACUUCAACUCCAGCGUUUGUGCCGGAUCGAACUCCAAUGUUGCUGAAGAAGAUGCGGAUUGAUGCUGCUCAAAACAAGAGACUCGAGAACAGGAGAACUUCGAAACGAACAGGACUUCCAGCUGAGACCCCGGCUAAACGACCGAAACGAGCCUUCUAA